AUGCCCGUCCAUCACCGUCAUGACACUUUGAACUCGAUCACCCAGAACUCGAUCACCCAGAACUCGAUCACCCACAGCAUCAGCAUCCUUUCUUUUCGAUUAUGGAACUACCUUCGAGGUCCGACACCGCGGAAUCUGUGGCGACGAGCAGUCCAUAGGCUCGCAGUGAACCUGACCCCCAGGAGAGUCUUGAGCUUUCCGCAUCUGCUCGUCGGGGUGUGGAUGGUUGUGUUGCUCUGGGGCGAACGAUGGGUGUUUGACAGCCGGGUUGCAAGCUGUGACUGGGACCAUUGGGAAGACUGGCCCAAGGACGCCACGCCGCACCACCUGAUCUUCGUUGCCGACCCCCAGAUCAUCGAUCCGCACUCCUACCCCGGUCGACCGUGGCCAUUGUCACCGCUCACGCUUCUCGUCACCGACAACUAUCUUCUGCGCGGAUACAAAGCGCUGCAAUACCACCUCGCGCCCGACAGCCUAUUCUUCCUAGGCGAUCUUUUUGACGGCGGGAGGGAAUGGAGCACGGCGCGAGGCGAGUUUGUCGAUCCGAAAUGGGGACGACAGCGCAGUGGCGAGGAGAAGGAGUGGGUGGACACGUGGCGCAGAAAAUACGGCGAGGACUACUGGCUGGGCGAGUACGCACGGUUCGGAAACAUCUUCUUCGAUCACUUCAACGAGGGAGGGCAGCAUCCCGGCAAAUGGCAACGGGGGAAGAAGCUGGUGGCCAGCCUGCCGGGGAACCACGACCUGGGCUUCGGCGCACAGGUACAGGUCCCCGUGCGUGACCGAUUCGAGGCGUUCUUUGGGGAGGUGAACCGGGUGGAUGUUGUAGGGAACCACUCUUUUGUGUCGGUGGACUCUGUCUCGCUGAGCGCGGACGUCAGCGAGUACAGGGAUGCCAAGGACCUGACGCCCAUCUACGGGCCCGUGAACGAGUUUCUCGACAAGGCGCAAGACAUCAAGCGGAAGAGGGUGCACGAGGAGCUGAAAGUGUGGCACGGUGAUACGAGCGUUGGGUACGGGCACAAGGUCGAGGGACUGGACGCGGCGAACUCCUUUGCGAAGAAGGAUGUCUCAGGCGUGGGCGACCUCCCCACGAUUCUCCUGUCGCAUGUCCCGCUCUGGAGACCGGCUGGCACACCUUGCGGGCCACGCCGCGAGCACUGGCCGCCCGCGAAGCCGCCCAAGGGCCAGACCGAGCCUGUCAAUCCGGAUCAUCGAAAUGCGCUGUCCAUUGCUGCCGGAUACCAGUACCAAAACGUCCUGUCCGAGUCUGAUUCGAAGAAGCUCUUUGAAAAGGUGGGCAACGUUGUCAACGUAUUUUCCGGGGAUGACCACGACUACUGCGAGAUCCUGCAUCCGAAUGGGGCUCGUGAAAUCACAGUCAAGAGUCUGAGCAUGGCCAUGGGCGUGCCGACGCCGGGCUUCCAGAUGCUCAGUCUCUGGAAUCCCAUCGACGCCCACGGACACCGUCUCAGCGAGGGACCAACGGUGCAGACGCACCUUUGUCUAUUGCCCAAUCAGUUGCAUACGUACAUGCGCUAUGUCGGCUUCAUCAUCGUCUCGCUCGUCGUCCUGGCCGUCCGGGCUAUGCUGGUUCCCGUCCUGAACCUCCAACCGUUUGCCCUUGAGCAGCAUGAAAUGGCCGGACCGCCACUGCUCCCGACCUCCAAGGGGAAACAUAAGAUGGAGCCCCCCAUAACGCAGUCCGGCAGCUCCUCCUGGGCGCCUCGCGCGCGGGCCUCAAGCCUGACAGGUUGGGCGUCCAGCAAGCGCCGUGGCGGGCCCUCCGCCGGCCCGCGAAUCCAUCUCGACGAGGACCUAUACGACAACCGCCGAGGCAAGGUCGACGGGCGACGCGUCCUGGGCACCGUGGGCAGAGAGAUGUGGACCAUGACCUGGAGAGUGACGUGGAUGGCGGUGCUGUGGUUUGCGUUCUUGGCUCGAGAGUGGUGA